AUGUCUUCAUUGCUGCCUACACCGUUACCUUUCUGGCCAAAGAACACCCAGAAGCCCUCAAAUGACUCGUGGUUGCAAUGGAGAAAGACAUUUGAGGAUUAUAUUGAACUGCUCCCGAUUUUGUCACCCACGAUUGUACUAGACGUCCCAUCUAAGUUGAAACUCCUUCGGACGAAUCUCGGAGAGUCGGGACAACGAUAUUUCGAUGCCCUCAAUCUACAUAAGGCUAUAGAUCUCCAUACAGCCUUCUCAAAACUCGAGUCAGCGUGGGGAGGAAAGGACAACGUCUUUCUCAGUCGCUAUCGGUUUUGUCAAAUGUGUCAAGAAUCCAAUCAAUGUGUCAGUGAUUUUAUUACUAAUCUGACUCUCGCCAUCCAGGACUGUGGCUAUAAAGAGAUCAAGGCAGACAACUUCGAGCCCGCAAUGCUCGUUCAGCAGUUGAUCGUCGGUCUGCGCGAUGAAAAAGCUCGGGAAAAUCUCUUAUCAGAGAAGAAGGAUUUGUCAUGGGAGAAAGCCUGUGAUAUCGCCAGUCAUCGGGAGCGCGUGCGACAAAACCUUCAGCAGCUGAAUCAGUCAAAUGAUGGAGUGAUAGCAUCCUUGGAAUCUGAAAUGGCUGUCUCCCUAGUCAACACUGCUGUGUCUUCACCUAAACAGCGACCCUCAGCUCCCUCAAAACAACUACCAUCCUGCUACCGUUGUGGUCAGCAUCAUAUCCGGUGGUCAGACUGUAGACACCAGAAGACGGUAUGCCAGUUUUGCAAGAAAGUCGGCCACAUCGAACGAGUGUGUUUCUCCAACAGACGAGCGAAUACUAACACGCAUGCAACCUACCCUAAUCCAGCUGGCGAUGGCGAGGCGAUACUCCGAAUGUUUUCGGCCAACGCGCCGCUCCAAUCGCCCUACACCAUCACGCUUCCGGUUGAUCACCAUCCCGUGAAGUUUGAAAUCGACACUGGCUCAGCUGUCACUCUCAUCAAUGAGGCCUCCCUUCCGAAAUUACCCUCCCUCCUUCCGGCCAGCUCAACAUUCCGUAGUUACACUGGACAGAACGUAGACGUCCGAGGGGUCUUUACAGCCGAAGUCGAGCAUGAUGGAGAACUUCAUUACUUGCCGGUUCAUGUGGUGAGAGGAAGCCAGCAACCAAAUCUCCUUGGACGGAAUUGGAUUAAAUGUGUGCCUUCUGUGCCAUCCUAUGUACAUCGGAUUGGUGUAAAUCCGGCCUUAGAUUCAAUUUUGGUAAAUCAUAAGGAUCUAUUUCUUGACGAUACUACUACCCACUACCGCGGUCCACCUGUUCAGUUCCAGUUUCAGUCAGAUUUCCGGCCCCGGUUCUUCAAAGCUCGUACAGUCCCCUAUGCACUCGCACCGAAGGUCGAAGAAGAGCUGGAUCGCCUACAGAAAGCGGAUAUUAUUGAGCCCGUGCAAUAUUCGGAAUGGGCAGCCCCAAUAGUUCCUGUUCUUAAAACCGAUGGUUCUGUGCGCAUCUGUGGCGACUACAAGCUGACAAUCAACUCAGCAACUAAACUGAACCCCUAUCCUCUUCCGCGCAUCGAGGAUCUGUACGCAUCUCUCUCGGGUGGUCAUCAAUUUACAACUUUGGACCUAAAGCAUGCCUACAACCAAGUCGUCCUAGAUACUGAAUCCCGAGACGCCACCACCAUCAAUACGCAUCGGGGUUUAUUUCGAUAUAAAAGACUACCAUUUGGAGUAAGUUCGGCUCCCGGUUUAUUUCAAUGCUUGAUUGAUAAUCUCGUGAAGGAUAUACCUCACGUUUGCGCAUAUCUUGACGAUAUAUUAGUCACCGGCCCAUCUGAAGUUAGUCAUCUAGAGACUCUAAACAUCGUGUUAGGACGUUUAGAGGACGCAGGUUUUAAACUCAGGAAAGAUAAGUGCACCUUCCUUGCCGAUUCGGUAGAAUACCUGGGCUUCAGGGUGGAUAAAACUGGCCUCCAUCCACUCGAACAUAAGCUCAAAGCCUUGAAGACGGCUCUGCGCCCCAACAAUACUAGUCAAUUGCGUUCAUUCCUGGGGUUGGUCACCCACUUUAGUCGCUUCAUGAAUCAAUCGGCUACAAUUCUCAAGCCUCUUUAUCGACUACUUGAAAAGAAUCGUUGCUGGCACUAGUUGGAGGUCGAACAAAGUGCUUUUGAACAAGCGAAGGCGGCUCUUACCUCCUCAUCUGUCCUAGUUCACUAUGACCCCGAAAAGCCUAUCAUACUGAAAUGUGAUGCGUCUCCGUACGGCGUAGGUGCGGUUCUCAUGCAUCGAAUGCCUUCUGGUGCGGAGAUGCCGACUGCCUUUGCAUCAAGAACCAUGUCACAGGCGGAAACCAACUAUUCGCAACUAGACAAAGAGGCCUUAGCAAUAAUGUUUGGCCUACAUCGCUUCCACCUGUAUCUUUUUGGCCGACCCUUUGAGAUUCACACUGAUCACAAACCCCUCUUAGGUUUGCUGGGAGAAAAACGAGGGAUACAACAGAUGUCCUCGCCGAGAAUGCAACGUUGGGCACUCACUUUGUCUGCUUACACGUAUGCAAUGAAGUACAUUACAGGUAGUGCAAACGUAGCGGCUGACGCCUUGAGUAGGCUGCCUAUCGUGGACGAUGGCAUUAACGGGGCACCUGUUUUUGAGACGGUGAAUCUUUUGCAGAACCUAGUCAACUCACCUGUAACCUGUCAACAAAUUCGACAGUGGACAUCGAGAGACCCUCUCCUGAGUCGGGUAAAAAGAGCCUUGCAAUCUGGCUGGCCGUCCUCUACCUCCUCUGAUUUUCAACCAUUCUUCAGCCGUCAGAACGAGUUAAGUCUACAAGACGGAUGCAUACUAUGGGGCAAUCGUGUAGUUGUGCCACCACAAGGCCGACGGGCCAUCCUCAGAGACCUGCAUAAUGCUCAUUCUGGUACAGUUAGAAUGAAAGCUCUCGCCCGCAGUUAUGUUUGGUGGCCCAAAAUUGACGCAGAUAUAGAAAACGUGGUGAAAGCAUGUCACGUGUGCCAAAUAACACAGAAGACCUUACCGAAGGUUCCUCUGAAGCCUUGGGCCUGGCCCGACUCGCCGUGGAAGAGGGUACACGUCGAUUAUUUUGGGCCAUUCCAAGGCCAUAUGGUUUUGGUGGUAGUUGACGCCCACACGAAAUGGAUAGAUGCGAUUCCGACAGGAAAUUCUUGUUCUUCACUGACUACAAUCAACAAGUUGCGAACCGUUUUUUCUACUUUUGGGAUACCUGAAAUGGUCGUUUCAGACAAUGGUCCGGCCGUUACUAGUGCCGAAUUUAAAGAUUUCAUGGAGAAAAAUGGAAUUAGACAUUUAACUACUGCCCCGUACCACGCUGCUUCAAAUGGCCUCGCAGAGCGUACAGUCCAGACAAUAAAGCACGGACUAGCCAGACAGACAGAAGCGGACUUGGCCACCAAGUUGUCACGCUUUCCGUUCAGCUAUCGCAUAACACCGAACGACUCAAUCGGUGCUUCGCCUGCAGAAUUGAUGUUCAAGCGGCAGUUGCGCACACGACUCGACCUGCUUAACCCAUCAACGCAGGAUAGAGUCAUUGCAAAACAGACGAAGAUGAAAGAACGUUAUGAUGUGAACACCCGACCACGAGUCGUCGCGCCUAACGAAAGUGUCUACACGCGACUGGAACACGAAACGAACUGGUGUCCAGCGGUAGUUCGAACAAGCGAGGGGCAAAUAGUGGAAUUUGAGUUAGAAGAUGGGAGAAUUGUGCGUCGACAUCUGGACCAAGUUCGAAGCCGAACGGACACAGCAAGUAGAGAAUUCGGAAAGUUCGAACUGCCAGCAACCCUUGAUAGGGAUCCUGACAUCCCGAGGACUGAACCCCUACUGCCUGCACAGAGCACUACGCCACCGACCGAGACGUAUGUUCCACCUCCUUCUACCUCGUCCAGCACUAGCUUAGGGGCAGAGGAGCCAGUGACCGCACAAAGCGGCGCAGAGGUAGAAAAUACCGCCCUGAGAAGGUCGACCCGAAUCCGCAAACCUGUCCAACGCUUUCAGGACGAAUCUUAUUAGAACAUUGUCUGACUAUCCACUAUUACCUUUACUGUUCCCCCCCCUCAUGCUCUCCAAUUUAGGGUGGAGGGAUGCAGCGUAUCUGGCUCGGGCCGUCAGGACAUCAUGCCACAAACGCGUGACAAGCGAACGAUCAAGGUCAUGGCCCCCUGUUCACACCUUCUUUGUGCUGAUUGGCCACCCAUUAGCCUAUGACAGUCCCCCUUGCCAUAUACCCGGCCGUUCCCCCAAGCCUCCUGACUUGUGCUGUCUAUCGUACUCAGUACACGUCCUAUUUCCAAUUAGCCUUCUGUUUUGCAUACAUAACACUGUUUCGAACAGCAAGGCUAUUGUCGACGGUAUUUAGAAAAAUAUUUAGGGGUGGAUAUGUAAGCUGUGAAUUAAUUAUGCUUGGGGAAUAAGUGCCAGUUAGUCUAGAGUUAUUGACGUACGGGUAGCCAGCAAGAGAAUUCUGAACGGGAGACCUAAGAGAUAUGGAGACAGAUUUCGGACAUUGAAAUGUUAAGAGAUUUAGAGCAUUUAAGGGCUUGUUGGUAGUCAAGUUGUAGGGGAGGAAGAGGAGGAGGAGGAAGAGGAGGAGUACGAGGGGAAGCCCAAAAGAAAGUUAGAGGCUAAUGGAGGAGGGUAGGCAUCUAUAAGAAUAAAAGAGUUGGAAAUCAGGUCUAGGUUGGAGGUCAAAGGAUUUAGGUGGACUUAUGUGAGAGCAGUUGGCCUUGAGCGGUGUAAAGCCUGAACUAGACUGCAGGAUAAAUGAAUUAGGACAAUUCCAGUACGAACUAUUUACGGGAUACACAGUAGUCCGUUGGUAAGUAACCGGUACGCAGGACAAAUAAUUAUUUGAGGGUAUAAUUAGAGCUGCGGGGUUUAAAGACAAGCUGCGUUGUAAAGGCUUAGUAAAUCUAAGUGAAGGCGGCAUACUCCUAAAUGGAAUUAUGCUACCCGUCUUUUAGGUCGAAGUCCGAUCCAGUCUGGGGGUCACAUAAUUCUUACGCGAUGCCGCAGGUAACUUCAAUGUAGCACUCACAGGACCCUGUUUAAAUGGGGAAGCUAUGGGUCUAGCUGAUGUAGACGGAGUUUCGUGCGUCCUAGGGGGGUUAUUAGGAGGAUUAAGGACGACAACUGGGACUGCUAAUUUGGAGGCAGUCGAAUGCGUUAAGUGGUUUGAGCGAGAGUGAGAUGUAAGAGUAUGGGGGAGGAGGGAGUCAGAAUUAGCUGAAUCGUGACGGCCACUUGUAUUAUGGCCGAGUUGGUGAGCAUUUGACUGAGAGGAUAAGGGUUUACAUGACAAAAGGGCCCAAUUCCACGUUCAAUGGGGGAAGACCGUGACAAAGGAUCAAAUUGCAGAUUGGCAGAGACACGAACUUGGUGGGCAAAAAGUGAAUCAAUCUCCAUGGGUGAAAACAACUUAACCACAACGGACGGAUUUUUGCUACGGAAAGACAGGCGUAUGGCAUCAGCUAUUUUAUAGUUAAAUCCACACGAGUACAGGAAAUCAGCCGCAACAUCAACUGGCUGUGCAGAAAAAAGAAUAUCUUUCAACAAGAAGUUGUAAGCUUGUCUUAGUCUAUCAUUAGAUUCACUGGCGAUCAGGUGAACAAGUAAGUCAGGACGUUUGCAUUCUUGAGAGGGGACAUCGGGAAUGUUCCCGUCGAACAAUUUUCCGAGGACUGAGAGCAUAGUGUCAAACUUUAGCCUAAGCUCGUUGCAUUUGUAAAGUACAGGCAGAUUAGGCCGCCUGUCAGCAACAACGGGUGACGAAUGGCUAGUAAUGCCUUCUGACUUAGAUUUAGUUAAGUCGCGCUUAGGUACAGAGGACGAGAGCUUUCGCUGACCUAUGACUUUUGCUUUCAUCUGGUUUCGAAGCAGGUUACGAUUAAGUAAACUUCUGACAGAUAAGGUGGUCGAAUUUCAGCGAGAGGGUAAAAAUGUAAAAAAUUUACACAGUUAGAGAGAGAUCGAACGCACAAAAUGCAAAUUGCAGAAUUCCACUGGUGGUUAACAGGCACAGACUAACAGAACUCGAAAAGGCAAUGACAACCGAUAGUUCAAGUCAGUUUACUAAGGGAAUGAGACUUUCGCCCUUGAGCUCGCUAUUCAUAUUGAUAAACAGAAAUACAAUCAAUGAUUACAUCAGCAAAUGCGGAAAUUCAAAAGUUAGCGUUAAGUGCGAGCCAGGCGCAAACUGCCGCCACUAAAACAAUCGUGAUUAUAUGUACAGUAGUUUCUCAGCAGAUGAGCAUCUAGUCUACACUUAAAGGAUUCGACAGUUUCGGAAAGAAACACAACAUCAGGGAGUCCGUUCCACGCUCCAAUGACCCUGUGAGAGAAUGCGUUCCGUCGGACGUCCGAAUGAGCCAGCUCCCUCUGCAGUUUAAAGGGGUGUCCACGUAGGCGGUCAGUCCCGACCAAUUCGAAGAAUUCAUCAAUGUCUAGGGCACACUCAUGGCCUCCGACAAUCCUGUAGGUUUGAAUGAGGUCGCCGCGCAGUUGCCUGUAAUUGAGAGGAAACAGAUUUAAUGCAGCCAGCUUGGUUUCAUAAGGCAGAUGAUGAAGAUUCCUGACCAUCCUCGUAGCCAUCGCCUGUACUCUUUCCAGUCGUUGAUAAUCUUUCUUCAACCACGGUCGCCAGGCGUGGACUGCAUACUCUAAGUGAUACCGGACGAAAGUCCCAUAGGUUUUUCCGAACAGCUCUCUAUCGAUCUGCACAAAUCCUCGCCUAAGCGAAAAUAAAACCCCUAUCGCCCGUUUAGCUGCCCUUUGACAUGGUGAUGAGGGUUUCAGCAAGGAGGUCAUUAGGACGCCGAGGUCUUUCUCUUCCACAAGAUUUGAAAGGGACUGUCAACCAGGACGUAUUGAAAGGAAUCGUCCUCCUUAGUGGUCUUUUUGGUGCGGAAUCUCAGGAUCACACAUUUGUCCACAUUAAAAUUAAGGAGCCAACAAGCUGACCAACUGUUCAGGCAGUUGAGACUGUCUUGAAGCAAGUACCUGCCGGCGUCAGAUCUGAUGACUCUCCACAGCUUAACAUCCUCAGCAAACAUGAUGGCGCUGCAUCCCAGGUCGCCAUCGCAGUCGUUAAUGUAAACCAGGAAUAGCAACGGCCCCAAGACGGAGCCCUGGGGUACACCAAUUUGAACGGGGGUUGGAGUUGACCUAGAGGCCUCGACGCACAUGUUUUGUGAUCUCAAAUUCAAAUUCAAUUCAAUUAUUUUUAUUAAAGACCCGUCGGGGUCCCAUCAAAGCAAGUAAAAAUAAAUUUACAUGCGAAUUUUAGACGAGGUAGGCAAUUUCUGUACAAAGUGCAAUACAUAGUUUUUGAGAUUAGAAGUCCGUUAAGCAAAAUGAAAAUGAAAUAAAUGAAAAAAUGAAAAAACGAGGGGUGAAAAAAAACUCCAAAGCAAAAUGUAAAAAUGAUUGUAGUAAUUUAACAGGAGAAAAAAAAACCCCUCAGAAAAAUAGCAUCAGAAAAAUACAGGGAGGACUGGCCAGCAUGUGGAGGUACAGAAUGGAAUAUAAUCCGACAUCAACAUGGCCGAAAUAAAUGUCAGCUGUAUAUGGCAUUGUGUAACGGAUUUCCCUCUAAGAAAGUCUGUUAUCCAUGUCAGCAGCCUUCCUCCUUUGCCAAUUUCAGAAAUUUUGUAGAUUAGGCAUUUGUGUGGGACGCUAUCGAACGCCUUCUUGAAGUCCAUGUAGAUAAAUAAAUUUUUUUAUUUAAUGCCAGUUUACAGGCAUUGUCAAGAUGACGUCGACCUGCCACCCUCGUCCAGUGCUCGAGUCCACUGCUCCGUUGAGAGCAGUAAACUGGAAAGGCACGAGCGGUUCUGUCUGAAGCCGUGCUGCAUGUCUGAGAGUAAGUGGUUCUGCUCCAGGAAUUUCAUCAUGCUUUCUUAACUAUGGCCUCCAUUAUUUUACAGCAGAUGCAGGUGAGACUAACAGGCCGUUAAUUGCUAGCAUUAGUGCGAGCCCCACCUUCGUAUAUCGGAAAGAUAUUUACUGUCUCCCAUUCCGAUGGCAGCCUCCCUAAUUCAAAUGAUCAGCGGAAGCUGUAUGCCAGUCGUUUGGAAAGUUCGUUCGCAAAUUCUUUCAAGCAUUUGGCCCGUAUAUUGUCUAGACCCGAGGACUUUGUUUCUUUCAGAUUUGAGAUUUUGCAGCUCCUUUUACACGACAGCUGUCGGGAAGAGUAUGGAUUCAAGCACGAGACCAGCGGUCCCAACAGCAUUGCUGGCACUGCGACUACAAAACUCUGUUUCCCUGGUAAAAAUCGAGGCAAAAUACCGUCCUAAGUGUUCGUCUUUCCCGUUGUUCUCAGUGAUUUCUACACCAUUAUCAUCGUUCAGUACUGCGACCGGGUCCUUGUUUUCCAGUCUACUGUUAAGAUAGUAAAAUAAAAUCAUGGGCUGCCUGUCGGAUAAUUUUGGAUUCAUAGUCCCUCCGUGCCUGCCGGAUGCAUUUUCUGACUGCAUUUCGUUGGCGACGAAAUUCUUCGAAAUACAUUGGUAACGCAGUUUCUCUGAAUAAUUUCUAUCUUUUGCUUUGCUUCCGAAACAGCCUAUUUAGGUCCCUAGUUAACCAAUCAGGUCGACUAGUUGUUUUUUUGUAGUUUAGGCGGACAACAGCAUCGAAUAAGAUCAAGUGAAAUCGUCUUAAACGAUCGCCAGUCGUCCACCGGAUCUCUCCUGAGCAAUUAGUCCCAAUUCACGGACAUCAAUUCGUUCUUCAUCGUUUUAAAGUCUGCCUUCCAUAUACUAAGUUGACCUUCUUUUCUCUUCUGGCGUUGAGAGAAGAGCGCGUAAUCCCAUCGUAGCGUAGUAUGUUCACUUUAAUAGUAAUGAAAAUCCGAUUCCCAGGUGGCAUAUCAAAAGAAGAGGGGGCGUUCACCGGGAGGGGUUUAUUUGAGAUCCGACGUUUCGAGUAGUUUAUUCGUCUACCCAUCUCCAGGGGCUGGGAGGUCCUGUGCACAGCACUCCUUAUUAUGGCGCCCCUUGUCCAAUGCGUGAUCCGCCAAUGCCGCCUGUGUGGCUGCAUCCAACCCGCAUGUCAUCGUGACCUGAAUCGCCCCCGUCGGCCGCGGUGAUGACUGUCGGUCCCGAUUGUCCCGCGCCGACUGUCCCCCGCUAAGAAGGUUCGUAAAGUCAGAUAGGGGGGAGGCAAAUUGAUGUGGCGGUUGACAGAGCGGUCGGUGGACAUCCAGGCUUCUUGCACUUGCCUUGCUGUGUGAUAGCUGCCCCGGCCCACAAUCUCAACGGCGUCAAAGUUGAAGAUGUGUCCCAUUUGCGCGGCAUGGGUUGCUACCUCCGACUUUGGGUCCAACCUUCGCUGAAAGCGGACACCGAAAUAGUUAUUUUGCCUGCUGACAAAAGCCGGUCAACCGUCAUCCUCGACAAGGUGGACUACCGACACAAAGCCCUCCUGCUCCUCAACGAUCGAGAGUCCUACAAAGUCAGCGACGCCGCCAGUCUAAAGUCCCUAGUGGCAACGGUUAUCAGAAUUCUGGCUCGACUAAAAAAGGACAAGGUCAUCACCGUCAAAGACUGGUAUAUGGCAAAGCCCGCAGAAACCGCUAUGGCGAGAUUCUAUGGUCUCACCAAAGUACACAAGCCACAUGUUCACCUCCGUCCUAUCGUCUCACUCCGAGGCACACCCACAUACGGGCUUGCAAGCUGGCUAUUUCGGAAACUAAGAUUCCUAACUGCAGACUCACAAACAACGCUGCACUCAGCAGAACAAUUCCUUGACAAAAUAAGGACAGUCACGGUCGAACCGAAUGAAAGGAUGGUGUCUUUUGACGUCGUCUCACUUUUCACGUCCAUACCACAGGCCCUUGCAGUCGAAACGCUCAGUGACCUGCUACGUCAAAAUUAAGACGGGGGCGAUGGCCAGCCCACAGCUCAGGAUCUCAUAGAACUCAUGGGGCACUGCCUCAAGACAUUCUUUACCUUCGAAGGGACCACAUACGAGCAGAUCAAGGACACUCAAAUGGGUUCACCAAUCUCCGGACUCAUUGUCGAGGCGGUUCUACAAAAACUCGAGAGACGACUAUUCGAGGAGUACAAACCCAAGUUUUGGGCACGCUACGUUGAUGACACCUUCGUAAUCAUAGACCAGGAUAAAAUCAACUACUAUGCGGAAGUACUGAACUCAAUCAUGCCCGAUCUACAGUUCACGAUGGAAGAGGAAGUUGAGGACGAACUUCCAUUCUUGGAUGUUCUCGUCCACCGCCAACCAAAUGGCGAACUAGCGACUUCGGUCUACAGAAAACCGACGAACACGCUGCAAAUUCUCAGCUACAACAGCAACCACCCAGCACAACACAAACGAAGCUGUGUCCGCACGCUGUACCGACGGGUGGAAACUCAUUGCAGCACGCCAGCCGCCAAACUGGAUGAGAUAAAGCUCCUCCGAGAAAUUUUCAGAGCCAAUGGCUAUCCGCGGGCAUUCAUUGAACGAAGCCAGAGGCAGCCAAAGAAACGGAACGAAGAGCAUAGUCAACCAAACUCGUGGCGGAGCAUUCCGUACAUUAAAGGGGUCUCCGAAGUCGUGGCUCGAUCACUCGCGCCACUCGGAAUAGGUGUUGCCCACAGGCCUGACUCAACGAUCCGCCGGCAAGUGAUGCGGCCGAAAGAUCCGAUCCCUAAGCAGGAGAUGUCGGCCGUUGUCUACCGCCUUCAAUGCAGCUGCGGAAGUUGCAACUACGUUGGGGAAACCGGCCGACGGCUGUAAACGCGAAUGCACGAGCAUAAGUUGGCCGUGCGAAGGUUGGACCCAAAGUCGGAGGUAGCAACCCAUGCCGCGCAAAUGGGACACAUCUUCAACUUUGACGCCGUUGAGAUUGUGGGCCGGGGCAGCUAUCACACAGCAAGGCAAGUGCAAGAAGCCUGGAUGUCCACCGACCGCUCUGUCAACCGCCACAUCAAUUUGCCUCCCCCCUAUCUGACUUUACGAACCUUCUUAGCGGGGGACAGUCGGCGCGGGACAAUCGGGGCCGACAGUCAUCACCGCGGCCGACGGGGGCGAUUCAGGUCACGAUGACAUGCGGGUUGGAUGCAGCCACACAGGCGGCAUUGGCGGAUCACGCAUUGGACAAGGGGCGCCAUAAUAAGGAGUGCUGUGCACAGGACCUCCCAGCCCCUGGAGAUGGGUAGACGAAUAAACUACUCGAAACGUCGGAUCUCAAAUAAACCCCUCCCGGUGAACGCCCCCUCUUCUUUUGAUGGUCACUUUUCCCGAGAGGUGCAUUGGAAUGCACUUCGUCGAUAUUAGAGAAGUCUUUAGUUAAAACUAGGUCCAGGCAAUUCGCUCUCUGGUUCUCUCGAAAUCUUGUUGGUACCUUUACAUGUUGCCCCAGAGGGAGAUCGAGUGUGAGGUCCAUUAGCUUAGUGCUGAAGGAAGUUGGCCCACCGUUGACUACCAUAGUUUCCCAUUCUAUUGCAGGUGCGUUGAAAUCCCCAGCAAUAACAACCACUUGGUGGCUAGCUACGUCCUUGACUAAAUGAAGGAGCGACUCAUCAACUGCGCUCGGAAGGUUUGGUGGUCUGCAAAUCGCCAGGAAUUCUAAGUUUUGUGCAUUAAUCUUCUUUAUCUUUAUCCAGACGGAUUCAUAUUUAAGGGAAGGGGUGUGGGCUCGUUAAAUUGCCGAAAUUCCUACCCUUACAUAUACGACUACCCCACCGCCCUGUCUAUUUUGACGGUCUCUACGAAAGAGCUGGUAACCCGGUAUCGAAAUCUCGACAUCCACGAUUUCGGCAUUAAACCAAGUUUCCGUAAUGGCGAUGACGUCGGGGAUUCGUUCUGAAACUAGCGCUUUGAGUUCGUCGAUCCUUGAAACGAGAUUUUGAACAUAAGUAUACAAAAAUCUGAAUUUGGCACGAGAAACUCCGGCAUACAGGCGUUUAUCCAUUUCCAAGGAUUGAAUGCAAAAGCCGGUCGGAGCUGAUCGGGAUGGACUGCUUUCCAUCACUCCUAAGCUGUUAGGGUUAUGGACUUUCUCCAGAGGAAUGGCCUCUGGACGCGUAUAAUUUUCCCUUCCAAUAAUCUGAGAUUUGUCUCGCCCAGACUCGAUCGCCUGAGGACUUCAAUUUUUCUCUCACCGGGGGUGAAAAGUCCCGCUGAAAAAACUGAUGGAUGGGCAUUUUGGAGCGCAGAUUUCCUGCUCAGCAGUAGCUGCGAUUGUUUGUCAUUCUGGAAGACAAUUUUUAACGAUCUCGAUCGGUCUGGUUCAUUUUGAGUCUUUUAUUUGGCUCGUCCCGAAAGCCUUUAAUACGGGAAAUUUCUCGUCUCCUCUCAAGAUCGUUUUGAGAUAUUCCUGAAAUAUUUAUAUGUCAUGUUGCAUUCUGUCCUUUAGAGUGUCGGAAACAGACUCAGGCAUGCCCUUUAUGACAAUGCAUUUACUGCGAUCAACUAGAGGGCCUUGCGGUUUAACUACACCUGCAGAGACUGCAUCACGGAUAUGCCGACUACCACCAUUCAGCGAUUUAGGAAGGUUUGAUUCGGUAGGACUAACUCAUGACAGCCUGUUUACUAAAGGAAUAGGCUUGUACUUGAAGAAAUUUAGUUAAAAACGACGACUGAAAUCUUUGUGAUUCUUAGAAAAACACUGUAAAAUACCAUCUUCCAAUUAUCUUCAGAUUUGAAACCAACGGCUUGAACUUGACCAGGCGACUGAUACGGAAAGCAGCUCGGCUGAUGGAGGUGCACCAAAUGAUUCUGAACUCGGUUGAUCCGUUGGAGUGAUGAAAUUGUCCAGCACAAUGUCAAAGGGAAGUGAUGACACUGCUUCGGGCUUAAGUGCCUUGCCGUAACUUCCUUGUCGAAUUUGGUAGUGUUGACGAACAUAGGUGCCAGCACCAACGUGGACGGCCUGGUGAGUUACCAGGACUGCCUCAUUCCAGUCUGCGAAACUCGUUCAAUAAUCCCAAACAAAGACAGAUUUGUCGACAGAUGGACUACUGCGAGAUACAGGUGAAGUUGUCUGCGCGAACUGUGCAUCUGUAGAGAAGAGAGCAUGAGGCAUUUUACGUAGUUUGCGAUCCACCGGCUCUUCGGUAAGAGAAACGUCGAAAAGGAACGCUGGGACGGUGUAGUCCAGCGAGAAGACAGAAACGCUUAUAUUGUCCUAUUCGUGGCCCACUUCCCAUGAGUUUUCAAGAGGGCUCUCUCGAAUGUGUCGUGGAAACGCUCUGCUUGUAUGUUUAAUUGAGGGUGACUGAGCGAGGUGUAGAGGUGUCCAAUUGUGGGUUCACGUGAUGGUGGUAAUUGGUCGCUCAAUUGCUUGCAGGUGUAGACUACGCCUGGUGUCCAUUAACUGGCACACAACUCUCACACCUGACUCCCCGAAGUUAGGCUCUGCCUAGCGGCCAAACCCCGGUAGCCGCCUCGACCGACGGGUCAAACCAGGUGAGGGUAUCCGUGUGUGUGCAUCUCGCACACAGUAGCCCGGCUCCGCUGGCCGGAUGGACCAUCGCUUAAGCAUCUCUGAGACGAGAAUCCGUCUGUAACAUCGCUGGAGGCCACAGGAUAAGUGAGCCCCCAGGUAAGCGAACAUCACUCUGUUGGAAUGCUAGGUGUGUGCUUGUUUGUGUUUGUCCUUAUUGAAAGCCAACUAAAGUUCCUUUGAAUUUUCUCUGCUGACUUUGCUUUUUGCUUGUUCCUGCUAACUCACCUCUGUCUGUUUGUACGUGCCCGUCCUUAUGGUAAGCUAAAUGCAGUUCUGUUGAAUUUAUCUGCUCAACGUUUAUAUUUCAGUAACCCGUUAACACAGAGAAGGACGGGAAACUCUCCCUCCCUGUUCUCUACUCUUCCCCCAUCUCCCCUCCCAACUUCAAGCCGUACAGCGACGUCGUAAGCAGGUCCAGGACAAUUCCGGUAGCUCUCUCACUAGACUAAAGUCAUGGUCCAUAGUGGAAUUCGGCAACCGCCUGAGACAAAUGAGCAACAUUAUGUAGGGAGAGCACUGUUCACCCAACGAGGGGGAAGAGGCUAGAAAAUAUGUCCUAAACAAAUGCUGGGGACCCACACCGCCUGCAGGCUGACCGAGGUCGCAGACACAAAACACGGUCGAAACAAACUAAUCCGAAACACCACUCUCUCUUCCACCUCCUUUACGCCGCCCCAUUCGCCAGACAGGCAGGGUGAGUCCGCUCACUCUGACAACCUGGAAUGUGCGUUCCCUUUCAGACAAUCCGAGGAGCAACCGACCGGUACGGAGGACGGCACUAAUGACGCGGGGACUGACGCGCUACAAGAUGGACACUGCCCUGCUCAGCGGGACCCGAUUCACCGAACAAGGCCAACUGAAGGAGGUUGUCGCCGGCUACACUUUCUGGGGUGGUCGUCCCAGAGCAUAAUGACAGGACGCGGGCGUCGCCUUUGCCAUUCGGAGUAAUAUCGUGGGAGGACUGCCCUGUCUGCCACAGGGUAUCAACGAUCGCCUGAUGUGCCUCCGUGUACCUCUCCGAGAGGCAAAGUUGCCAACAUAAUCAGCGUCUGCGCCUCCCCAAGAACCAGCCCUAACGAGGCAAGUAACAAAUUCAAUGAGGACCUGCACUUCCUCCUGGCGACUGUGCCGAAGGCGGACAAAUCGACUGCCCUUGGUGACCUCAAUGCCCGCGUCGGCACAGACCAUGCUGUCUGGAGAGGAGAGUUGCGUCUCCAUGGUCUCGAGUGCUCCAAUGAAAAUUUCAUGCCCCUCCUAUAAACCUGCGUAGAACACCGAAUAAUCCUGACCAACACCUUCUUCCGCCUCCCGAUAACAGAGAAAACCACCUGGAUACAUCCUCGGUCGCUACCUUGGCAUCUGUUGGACUAUAUCCUCGUUCAGACGCGAGACCAGCGGGAGGUGCUGGUGACAAAGGCGCUCCCCGGUGCCGACGGAUGGAACGACCAUCGUCUCGUCAUCUCCAGGAUGCGGAUUUGCCUGCAGUCUCACAGGAGGCCUCAGGGUAAGCGACCACGAGGUAAGCUGAAUAUUGCUUUGUUGUCUUUGCCUGGUCACCUCUCCACUUCAACAACGAGCUAGCUUAAUGACUAGCCAACCUUCCAGUCGCUGAUGCCGCUGCCGCCGCCGCCGCCUCCGCCGAUGCCGACGAGAACGCCUCCGUGGAGGACCGAUUAUGUCAACUGAGGAGCACAGUCCAGUCGACCGCAUUGGCUCUUCUCGGUUUCGCACAUAGUCAACAUCAGGACUGGUUCGAUGACAACGACAUCGCCAUCAGCAACCCACUGGCCGAGAAGAACCGCCUGCACAAAACCUACCCCAACCGCCCUACCGAUGACAACAGCGUUCUACCAUAG